GCUCAGUGUGAGAAAUAAGUGAAUUCAGACCACAGGAUCAUGGCAACAAGUUGGUAUAUUGUGUCCCUGUGGAUAUUUUGGAAGAUCUUUAAUGUUGCAGCUUUUAACCUGGACACCCAGAAUAUAUUGCUAAAACAAGGAGAUCCAGGCACUUUGUUUGGAUUUUCUGUUGCUUUCCAUCAGCAGCAAAGCCCUUCCAGAAGAAAUCUAUUACUUGUUGGAGCUCCACGGGCAAAACAUCAGAAUCAAGUAAAUGUUACAGGAGUUGUUUACAGUUGUGAUCUGGAUUCAACAUCUGAACGCUGUCAGCCAAUCGAGUUUAACAGUGAAGAGUUUCUUGAUAGUAAAUACGUAAACAACCAGUGGAUGGGAAUUAAAGUCACAAGCCAAGGUCAUGGAAGAAAUGUAUUGGUUUGUGCUCACCGAUAUCAGGAGGGGAGUUCAAGCCAAUACUCCCCCAAUGUGCUGACUGGUCAGUGCUACCUUCUAGGAGAUGACCUGCAAGUUGGGGCAAAAGAGAGGAGUUGGAGGAGGGUAGUUUGUGAUCUUGAACACCUGAGCAGACGGCAAAAGAACCAGGACUGGUUUGCAUACUGCCAACAGGGUCAUGGAGCAGCUUUUGCAAAGGAUAACACUUCAUUGCUAAUUGGAGCGCCAGGGGCUUACCAGUGGAAAGGUAUUGUACGAAUGGAGCAUUUGGAUGACUUGGACUUUGACAGUGAAAGGCCAUGUGAAACUGGUGAUAUUGACCAGUUUAACCAUAAACUGAUUCCUCUCCGGAGAACCAGCUACCUUGGGUUUUCUGUAGACUCUGGAAUGACCCUCCUCAAACAGGGGGAGCUGACAAUCGUAUCAGGAGCUCCCAGAGGGGGUUACAGCGGCCAGGUGGCGUUCAUGAAGACAGACCCUUUGGCCAAGAGAAAUCUGUCUGUGGAGCUGGUUCUGUCAGGGCCUGGUUUGGCCUCCUCCUUUGGUUAUGAUGUGGCAGUGCUGGAUCUUAAUAAUGACGGCUGGGAUGAUCUUGCUGUUGGAGCACCAGAGUUCUUUGUGAAAGACGGUAAAAUUGGAGGAGCAGUUUUCAUCUUUAUUAAUACUGAAGGAAAAAACUGGGAGAAAAUUGUUCCCAUCCAACUUCAUGGCAACGCAGACUCCAUGUUUGGACUUGCAGUGGAAAAUAUCGGCGACAUUAACCGCGAUGGUUAUGGAGAUAUUGCAGUUGGGGCACCAUAUGAUAACUCUGGUCGAGUGUAUCUGUACUAUGGAUCACCUAGUGGUAUCAACAAAAAAACGGCACAGGUACUUUCACCAGGUUUGAAGACAGUAAGUCUUUUUGGAUAUUCACUAAGCGGUAACCUGGACAUGGAUAACAAUGAUUACCCUGAUCUGGCUGUAGGCUCCCUGUCAGACCAUGUUUUUGUUUUCAGAGCUAAGCCGGUGGUCAGUUUCAUCCCCUCUCUUAACAUAACACCAAGUCAAAUAGACAUAAUGAAGGAAGGCUGCGAUAAACGAACAUGUUCUUUUUCAGGUCAUUCAUGCUUUUCUUACACAUCAUAUCCAGCGUCUUUUAACCCAAAACUGAUGCUCAACUACACUUUCAAAGCUGACUAUGGUCAGAAGAGUUCCAGACCCAGAGUUAUCCUCAAAGGUUCUGCCCAAAGAAACCUGGAGCUGCCGAGACAACAAAAACAAAUCUGUACUCGCAUACAGCUCCAUCUUCUGAGAGACAUUAAGGACAAACUGCGAAGCAUCCCGGUCUCUGUGACCUUGUCUCUGUGGAAAUCUACUGAAACAACCUCAGGGAGUUCAGAUCAGUCCAACAUGGAUCCUGUCCUGAACAUCUACGGCCAAAGCACUGCUGUGGCUGAGAUUACUCUAAUAAAUCAGGGUUGUGGCAGUGACAACCUCUGCCAGAGCAAUCUAGAGUUAAACUACAAGUUCUGCUCAAGAAAGACACAAAAUGACCAAAAUAUUUUCCAAUCACUUGUUGGAGAUGAUGGUGUCGCUGUCAUCACUCCUUCGGGUGAAGAAAUUGCUUUGGAGAUUACUGUGACAAACAGAGAUGGGGAUGAUGCACAUCAGUGUCACUCCGUCAUUAUGCUCCCAGAUACGGUGCGCUAUUCAUCGGUUUUGUCCAGUGGAGGAGAGGAAGACAUCAGCUGUACAGCCAAUGACAACGGAACACUGAUAGACUGCCAUCUUGGAAAUCCUCUCCAAAGAGACGCUGAGGUUACCUUUCACAUCAUGCUAACAACAUCUGGUAUCACACUGAAUACGAAUAUGGUCAAUGUCACCCUGCAACUUAAAACAACAAGCAUACAGACGAUACCGCCGGUCGAGGCAUUGGCCAAAGUGGUUUUUGAGCUGGAGCUGCAAGUUUAUGGGCAACUAAGCCCAUCCCAAGUCUCACUCAGUGAUAUUGUGAAGGGGGAAAGUGGCAUCAAGUCAAUAGAGGAAAUUGGCCCAUCAGUUCAGUAUGAAUUCAGGAUUACAAACCUAGGCAGGCCACUAAAUUCUUUUGCAAAUGCAUCCCUCAACAUUAAUUGGCCAAAGGAGAACUCGGUGGGAAAAUGGCUGCUGUACUUAGUUCACAUAAGCAGUGAGGGAGUUCAUGCUGUCCCUUGUAGCAGUGCUGAUGAGAUCAAUCCACUCAAACCAGUAAAGGGUUGGGAUGCUCCACCAAGGCAAAGACGUGAAGCAGAACUUGAUGCUUUGUCAACUGAUGGGCUUUCAUUUCUUCCAUUAAGAAGAAAAUAUAAAACUUUGUCAUGCUCAGAUGGGCUGAGAUGUGUUCAGAUCCACUGCCCCCUGCUAAGUCUAGACACUACUGCACGUAUCGUCCUUCACUCUCGCCUUUGGAAUGCAACUAUGGCUGAGGAUUACAGCUCCUUUAAUUACAUCAGUAUUGUUGUGGAAGCGUAUCUAAGCCUAAGUAGAUCCUUCGAGAAUAUUGGACUGAAACCAAAAAAAACAUUUACUCGGGUAAAGCUGACAGUGUUCCCUGUGAGAAAAGUUGAAAUCUUGACCAAAGUUGCCUGGUGGAUCAUCCUUCUGACCAUCCUGUCCCUGCUGCUGUGUUUGGUUUUUAUUGGCUACUUAUUAUGGAAGCGGGACUGCAUCCACAGCCUUGCCCAUAAAAAGCAGUCGCAUGUUCAAGAUCUGAAAGCAGAGUUGGCUCCUCUCCAAGGUUAAAGUAAAUGUCUCAAAAGUUAGAUGAUAAUGGAUAAUGUUAUAAUUGUUUUCUGAUUUCUGCUCUUCUUUUGCAUCCUUUAGUAUGCAACACAAAUAAAAAAAUGUGAAACCUUAA